AUGUCAUCCAAAAAUCAAUCUAAAGAUCCGAUUAACGAAUUAUCCAAUAAACGGCUAAAAAUUUCCCAGUCCACCGCACCUCAAAAAUCCAUUCCAAUAGGUUCUACUCCACUUUUGAAACCACAUCGACGGCAGCAAACCUUACCAAUGUAUUUAAUAGUUUAUGAAGAAUUGCCAGAUGGAUCAACAGUAGAACGCUCUGUGAUCGACCCAAGGUUUCCCAAAUAUAGGACUGAUGACGUUUACAUAACACAAAAACCAAGUAAUCCUACUAAAAUUUCAGAAAACAUCAGAAAGAUUCCAGCCAUUUCUUCCACCAGCCUUACAUCCAAUUUCAACAAAACAUUGUUAACUAAGACGGUUGUUGAUAGACCAAUUACACCACUUAUUAGAACAACAAAUAAUAAAGAUUCUUGUCAAGAAAUUCAAGUCGAAUCGAAUGAACGUGUACAGGGAAUUUCGAUUGAUCGUGGACUUCCUUCUGAUCUGGGAGACAAGAGUGAAAGAAAUGAAAAUUUGAGUACACAAAAAUUAAUUGGUAGCUCAGAUGGCACUCAAAUGCCGGAAAUUAUUACCAUUCCGGACGACGACGAUGAUGAAACACCAUGCUAUAUUAAUCGAGCCCCUCAUUCAUUUUAUACUGACGUAAGUGCGUUGUCUCCAACUUCCUCAUUAGAUAUAGAAGUAGGAAGUGAAAUAUCUGAUUUGGAAGAAAUAGAUUUGGGGAAACCUAUGUGGGAACCACAAAAACAUAAAGACUCUCAAUCAGAUGUUGAAGAAGGUUUAAAUAUUGCUUAUGUUUCAGAAAACUUUUGUUUACCUGUUAUUAAAAAUGUAAUUGAAAUUGGUUCUUCGGAAGAAUCCGGUUUUGAAAUUGAGUCAGGGGAUUUAGAGGACGAUGUGUCUAGCUCUGAUGAUGAUUAUUAUACCGGAUUUAGAAUUUAUGAUUUAAUACCGGAUAAUAGUCCUGAUACGAUGCUCCAAAUAAUUAAUAAUUCAAUUCCAUAUGACCCUAAAAAGCUUAGACAAAAAAGGUCAAUAACUAAUAAUGUUGGAACAGUGAAGAGAAGAAGGACAAGGAGCUAG